UAUUAUCAAUGAACAACUUGCUGAUGAGUGCUGUUAGAGUUAAGCAUAGGACAAUUCUACAAUAAUGCUCAUAGACAAGGACAUUUCGUUCAUUUUGCAUUGCUUUAAUUCUUGGAAUAAGGAAAAAAUCAAAGUUGCCUUUGGAGUUUUCCUUGAGCGAGUGGACACUGAUAAGUUGAACGAAAUUUUGGAAGCACUUGAAUCCAAAAAAAACAUAAAAUCUGUUAAACUUUUAGCUCAAAAACUUCCUUGCCACAUUCUUAUCAAUAUAUUUUACAAAUGUGACGUUUUCACUCUUUUAUCGUUGUCUUGCGUGAAUAAGAAGUGGAGAAAACUAUUAGAGGAUCCGUUACUUUGGAGAUUCAUUUGGCUGAGAGAUGUCAAUAAACCUUUUUUCCUUAAAAAAAGUUAUUUUGAGGAGAAAUGGAAAUCGCUCUGCCUCCAACACUUAAAAAUUGAGAAAAAUUGGAUCAGAGGGGAAUAUGGAAUUAAAACAUUAUUUGGUCACACUAACUGUGUAACUUGUAUUCAGUUUGACGACGAACUAAUAGUAGCUGGAGGUGAAGAUUCAGGAAUUAAUAUUUGGGAUUUUGAAACCUAUGAAAAAAUCUCAAAUUUGAGUGAACAGGAACGAAUGAUAACUUGUUUAAAACUCACUAAAAAUAAACUUUUCUCUGGAACUUGGGACGGUGCGCUCACGGUCUGGAAGCGUUUUAUUAGGGGACGCUUUCAGCGCUUAUUUUCAGUGACUGAUCCUUACUCACUCACAAGUGUACUUUGUCUUGCUUACAAUAACGGCAAAUAUUGUUUGACUGGAUCUCUUGACAACGUCAUUCGCAUAUAUGAUAUAACGAGCGGUCAGGAGCGGUACAAGUUGCGAGGGCACGAAAACAGCGUUCUUUCGUUGCAAUUCGACAAAGAAAAAAUAGUGAGCGCCAGCGAAGAUCGCACUUUAAAAGUUUGGGACGCCCGUUCUCUCCGUUGUAUUUAUACGCUUGUUGGCCAUAAAAGUGCUGUUACUUGUUUACAAUUUAAAGAUAAUAUUCUUGUUUCUGGCAGUUGCGACAGCACUGCUAUAAUUUGGGACAUGCGCUCCGGCAAAGUAUUAAAGCUUUUAAAAGGAGGUGAAGGAGCUAUUCACUGCCUUCAGUUUGAGAAGUCAAAGCUCAUAACCGGCGCGGGAAACGAUACACUAAAAUUAUGGGAUCUUUACAGCGGAAAAUGUUUGCAUACUUUUAUAGAGCAUAAAUCUUCUGUGAAUUGUCUUCAAUUUAACGAGCGUUUCAUAGUCAGUGGAUCUGGUGAUGGCACUAUCAGUGUUAUGGACUUUGGAGAAUAUUCCUCCGGAGUUAUAAGAAAGAGAGCAAAGACUUUACAAGGAGCUUUUUCUUUAGCUGUAAUCCCCAAUCCCGAUAAUAAAAUUCCUUAA